CUUGAAAAAUCUCAACACCUUGCAGUAUAACUGAGUAACUUCUGAACUCUGGUUCAUUUUGAUACAAAUUUAUGAGCAUUAUGCAUUUCUUGCACGGAAACUUUCUUUUCCAUGAAUGUUCUUGAUGUUAAUUUCUCGGUUGCUAGGAAGGUGUCAUGGACGCUUAUCAUAUUCUCUUGCCAUUUGCUGAUGUCUGUACGACAGCAUACUAAUCGUUAAAUAAAAGUACAGCACGUGAACGAAUUUAAGAUCAACUGCUUUAAAAUGACAACAGAAGACAGAUUUUCCAUGAGUGCCGAAAAGUAUUUGGCAAAACACAACAUCCUUGUGUAUUUAGAGGACAGUGUUGCACAGCUGUUGGAACAUAGGGAAGAAAACCCCAAAACAAAUGCUGUUAAAUUUUUCAGUGAAUACUUCAACAGUUUACGAGAUGGCAACCACACCAUGUUUAGAGAGUACAACUUUGUACAAGCCACUCCACACAACAGAGCAUCAUUUGUUCGACUUUUCUGGAAAUGCUACAGACAGAUUGGUAAAAAAGGAGAUCUGCUGAGUAUACAGGAGUACCAUUCAUUGUUAUCACUGUUAUGUCCAGACUUUCCAUUUGAACCGGUCCAGAAGACAGCAAGAAUUAUAUUGCUGGAUGAUGCUCUAGACUGCCUGAUUUCCUUUGCUGAUUUUAUUUAUGCUUUUCAAGUACAGUUUUAUUACGAAGAGUUCAUGGAAAAGUGUCAUGAGAUUUACCUGUCCCUGAUGCAGACCCAGCGGAGCCCCCGGGACCCUGUUGUGGUACCAUCUGGGACAGAGGACACUAAGGUUCAUCAAAACAGUCACCACCCCUCGGACGGCGUAGAUGCCAUGCAAUAUUUCAGGGCUGUGUAUCCUCUUUGUGACCGAUCUACAUUCAGCACCCCGCCAGGAAACUGUCUGAAAGAGAUUUUAUUCAAUGUUCCAAGGGUUUCCUUCUAUGGGUUCUUAAUGGCUCUAGCUAAGAGUGAAUCUAUCAAUGAACACAUAGGGAGACUCCCUCCGAAGGCUGAACUUUUAGAAGGAGCAGACUCUGAAUUAACAUCAAACCCUAGUGGUCAGUCUACUGUGGCCAAUAAUCCUCAACUGACCGUGCCAAAUCCCCAUGCCAGCCCAACUAUUCGAAUGAAAACCAAGAUGAGGCCAGUAUCAGCGACUGGGAACAGCAAGCUUAGUACAGACCGUGUGUCAAGUACACAGAAUGUUCACACCACACAGCCAUCCAGUGGCUCCCUCUCAUCACAUUCUACCAAGGGAAAGAACUCUCAUGUUAAUACAAAGAAGUUGAAGAAGAGAAAGGAUAGUUCAGAUGAAAGCAGUUCUGAUACAGAAACAGACAGCAGUGAUGAUACAAAUUGAGGCAAUACAUGCAAUAGUUAAGUUGUUGUCCAUUAAAAUGGUGUUCUUGUCACAUAAAGCAAUGUGUAAUGGCACAAAAAUUUAUAGUACCUUAUGAUGUACCACAGAAUAUUGUGUAAUGGCACAAAAAUUUAUAGUACCUUAUGAUGUACCACACAAUAGUGUGCAAUGGCACAAAAAUUUAUAGUACCUUAUGGUGUACCAAAGAAUAUUGUGUAAGGGCACAAAAAUUUAUAGUACCUUAUGAUGUACCACACAAUAGUGUGCAAUGGUACAAAAAUUUAUAGUACCUUAUGAUGUACCACAGAAUUUUGUGUAAUGCCACAAAAAUUUAUAGUACCUUCUGGUGUACCACAGAAUACUGUGUGAUGGCACAAAAAUCUAUUGUACAAUAUGAUGUACCACAGAAUAUUUUGUAAUGGCACAAAACUCUAUUGUACAAUAUGAUGUACCACAGAAUAUUGAGUAAUGGCACAAGAACCUAUAGUACAAGGUCAUUCAUCAAACAAUAUAUUGUAUUGGAACAAUGACCUAUAUUGCCAUACAAUAUUGUUAUGGCACAGUGUAUAAUGGUCCAAAAACCUAUUGUACCAAACAAUGUACAAGAAAACAUUGUGUAUUGGCACAAAGAUAUCAAAUAUCCAACAAUAUCUUGGAAUGGCACAAAGAUCAGAUAAGAUUGUUUAAUGGCACAAAAACCAUUUGUACCAAACAAUUCAUAUGCCAAUAUGAUUUAAAUGGAAAAAUGAUCAUUAUUACAAUAUACUAAAAUUGCAUGCAAAAAUCAUAAACAAUAUGUGUGAUAUACAUUUCUUAUAGAAGUCACUUGUUCAAUUUUGAAAUCAAGUAUAGGUCAUGUAGUGUAUUGCAAUAUUAACAAGAUAAUGCAGGAUGAGACAUUUUCCCACACACCUUACUGUUUAUAAAACACACUCAAUUAUGUAUAGAUGUAAAUAUCACAGCAACAGGUAUCAACUCCAUUCCACCACUGUUACUGAUAUUUCCAUGUGGAUCACCUUUUACUCUUGUAUGGUGUGACAUCUUGUGCAAAUAAAAGCGUUUUCAAAUCGAGAACUUUCCCACAGCAAAAUGCACUUCUACAGUACAAGAUUAAUAACUGUAUGAAGAUUCGAGUAAUAAUCUUUAAAGGAUUCAGAUCACUGGUCCAGAAAAUUUAAAAUGUGUGAUAAGGCUUAUCUGUUUCAAUGGUAAGAGAAAAAGUAUUUAAAUAGAAAACUUUAUCAUAGCAAAAAGGCACUUCUACAGUACUAGAUUAAGAACAAGUUUCAAUUCUUCAUCUUGAAUGGUCUCGGAGCACUGGUUCUGAAAGGUGAAAUUUGUGAUUCAGUUUUUCUGUUUCAAUGGUAAAAGAAAAAGUGUUGAAAUGGAGAAAUUUUCUCCAUAGGAAAAAUUACAUUGCUAGCUAGAUAGCUUUACAAAGUUUUGAGAAAUCAUAUAGAAUAGUUUCAUUCAGAGCUUAAGUCUGUAAAAUGACCUUGCAUAGACUGGGCCCCAAUUUAAUAAUGCGUUUCACAUGGCUAAUCACAUGAAUAGAAGCUGUGUAGGUUUUUGGGUAAAGGUAGUGUUUACUGGUGCUGUACGUUUACACUGCAGCUUCACUGCCUUUGAUUUUAUUGUGGUUGGCAAUUAUAUCAUAUUGGAUAGAGUCAUUGACCUACAUAAAAUUCUUCAUCACAAUCUGGUGAAACGUAAACACUACAAAAUCAUAGAUUAAAGCUUUCUUGACUGUUAAAAACCUGACCUCUUUCAGAUGUAUGUGUUUUGACUGUGUA